UAAGUGCAACAUAACGGACAUAACCUUAACAAAAUCAACUUACCGAUUUCAAAGUUUUGAGAUAACGAUAAAGUGUUUAUUAAAUUUGUUUUUUACCUCGUCAUUAUUGUAUGAAACGUUUAUUAGUAUCUUCGGUAUUAUUUUCAACAAUGAAAAGAACAAUAGGCGAUGAAACGAAUAAAAUUGCAACUAAAAAAAGUAAACUAUCCCACUGGUCACAUGGAAUGAUGAAUUCAAUGGAUGAUCCGGAAUUAAAAGUUCUCGAAGACGAUCUUGUUGUUGUUAUCAAGGAUAAAUAUCCAAAGGCAAAAUUUCAUUAUUUAGUUAUAUCGAAAACUGAUAUAAACUCUAUUACGCAUGUGAAAAAAGAGCAUUUAAAUAUUCUCGAACACAUGGAGGAAGUUGGUGAAAAUUUGACCAAAAAGCACGAGAAUUACGAAUUCAUCAUAGGUUAUCAUGCAAUUCCAAGUAUGCAACGACUUCAUAUGCACGUGAUCAGCACGGAUUUUAAUAGUUCUUGUUUGAAAACGAAAAACCAUUGGAAUUCUUUUACAACUCCUUUUUUUCUACUACCGGAGAAAGUACACAAAAGUAUUCAAGAAGAAGGUCGACUUAAAAUAAAUUCAGAGACCAUGAAAAACCACUUGAAAACUGCUCUGAAAUGCCACAAAUGUUCUUUUUUAGCUAAAAAUAUGCCAGACUUGAAAAAACAUCUCCUGAAACAUAUUCCGAACGAUAAUGAAUAAUUUUAUAUCUAUAUAAUUUUAUAUUUUUUAUAGUAUUUUUUUUUUUUUUGAUCAAUUUUUAAUUAAUAUUCGUUUCCGUUUAAAGACGAACGAAACUUCAUUUUUAACGCUAAAAAAAAAUCGUUUAUUUUAACAAUUUUCUAUCUUUUAUUUAACGUACUUGUAAAGUAAAAUUAAAUUUUAUCAAAUAUAAUUAUUUAAAAUUAA